AUGGAUGCUAUAUCGUCGCUAUGGCACACCCUCUCGGUCCAGGCACAGGCUGGCGUAAUCACUGCUGGGACUGGCACGACAAUAACGAUAAUUGCCGUAAUUGUUGCCUUAAAGUCAAGAAGGAUACAGACUGCAGAAUACAUCACGCCAUAUACACUGAAACGACACAAAUCCUUGUUCGGGAAAGUCACUGCCGUAAACGAUGGUGAUGGAUUUCGACUAUUUCAUCUCCCUGGGAUAUGGAGGUGGAGGACAGUACCAACAAAAGUAAAAAGCGACCAAACCAUAUCCAUUCGUCUCGCUGGCGUAGACGCACCCGAACUGCCCCAUUUCGGAAAUCCAGGACAACCAUUCGCAGAGGAAGCAAUCGAAUUCCUGCGCUCCCAAAUAUUACACAAACGAAUCACAAUCAAACCAUACAGAAAAGAUCAAUAUGGUCGAUUAGUCGCUUCUGCUCAUGUCCCUUAUUACGUGUUGUGGAAGAAGGAUGUUGGAUUGGAAAUGCUACGGAAUGGGUUGGCUGUUGUUUACAAUCAGGCUGGAGCUGAAUAUGGUGGCAGAGAAGUUAGAUACUUGGAGGAAGAGAAACGGGCAAAAUCGAAAAAGAUUGGAAUAUGGUCACUACCAAACUUUGUCUCUCCAUCAGAGUAUAAAGCUAAAAACGCUGCCAAGCAGAGAACGUAA